AAACGUGCCGCAUACAGGAACUGCCGUGUGAAGGUCGAUUAUAUUCUUAUCAUUAAAAGAGAACAGUUAGCAUGAACUGAACAGGUAAACAGCGAUGGCUGCCUCCAACACUUUUCUAUCUGAAGAGCAGUUGCAGUGCUCGAUCUGUCUGGAAAUAUUCAUCAAGCCUGUCACUACUUCAUGUGGACACAAUUACUGCAUGCUUUGUCUCAACAAAUACUGGGACAACAGUCAAAAGUACAGUUGUCCGUUCUGUAAGGAAGAAUUCAGCAAAAGGCCAGAACUUUUCGUUAAUACAUUGAUAUCUAAUCUGGCUGCUCAGUUCAAAGAGUCAGUGAAGGCGCAAUCCAGCACUCGCACAAAGACGACUAACGCUGCACAGGGAAAUGUGCCGUGUGAUGUCUGUGCUGACCCUACACAGAAGGCCCUAAAGUCCUGUCUGGAUUGUGGUGUGUCGUUCUGUGAUACACAUCUGGAUCAUCAUAAAAUUUCAGCAAAACUUAAGCAACACAAAUUAAUCAAUGCUGUGAAGAAUCUGGAAGACUAUAUAUGCCAGAGGCACCAGAAACCUCUGGAGAUGUUCUGUAGGAAUGAUCAGAAGUGUGUGUGCCUGUUCUGCACUGAAGGAGAGCAUAAGAGUCACAACACCAUUCCUAUGGAGGAGGAGAUUGCAGACAAGAAGAACAAGAUGCGAAAAACACAAGCAGAUGUUCAGGAGAUGAUCCAGGACAAACGAAAAAAGAUAGAAGAAAUAAAGCGUUCUGUAGUCCUCAAAAAAAAAAAUAUACAUAAGGAAAAAGAGGACAGCACUGAAAUCUUCAGGUCUCUCAUGAGCUCCAUGGAGAGAAUGCAGGCUGAUCUGCUUCUGGUGUUGGAGAAGAAGCAGAAAGACAUAGAAAGGCAAGCUGAAUGUUCUGUUAAAGCACUAGAAGAGGAAAUUGCUGAGUUGAAAAGAAGUGGCACUGAGCUAGAGAAGCUCUUAAACUGUGAAGACCACAUCCAUCUCUUGCAGGCUUACUUCACAUUAUCCACCCCUCCCUCCACCGAUACCUGGGAUCAAAUUAUAAUUAACAGCAGUUUGAAUGUGAAGGAUAUGGUGAAAGAUUUGCUUCAUCUUCAGGAAUCUAUUAACAACAUAGCUGAGAAGAUGCCUGGUGCUAAGCGACAUGCCACCAGUAUCAGCGCGUGUAUGUAUCCAGCAGUACCCCUGGACUGUCAAAAAGAAGAGAUAGGAAGGUUGUUGAAAACUCCAUUACAAAAAGGUGACACAUGGUACCUAGUAGACUCCAGUUGGUUCAAAACAUGGAAGAAAUAUGUGGGAUUUGAUAGCUGGGACAUGCUGGGAUACCAGACAUGUCACCCUGGACCAGUGGACAACUCAGGACUCCUCACAGAUUCACUCUCUCUCAAGGAACAUCUAAUCGAAGACCUGGACUACAUCCUUCUGCCUAAAGAGGCAUGGGGUAAACUGAUAAGCUGGUAUGGCUUGACUGAGCAUCAGAAGCCUAUUGCAAGAAAAGUGGUUGAACAAGGCAUGUUUCUGAAACACUGUAAGGUGGAGGUCUAUCUCACUGAAGUGAGAUUAUGUGAAUUCAGUAAUGUGGACCAAAGUAUUCGUCGGCAGUUCAGCAAAGUAGACACAGUAGCCUGUAUUGAAAAGGAAAUGCACAAAAUCUUCAAUAUUCCUGAUGGGAAGAAGACCAGGUUGUGGCUGAAGUAUAUAAGUAAUACAUAUGCGCAUCUGAGCAACCCCGGUAGCAGUGUUCAGGAUGCUGGUAUUUACCAUGGACAGGUUGUGCUUGUAGAACAGAUAAAUAACAAUGGAACAUGGCCACGAGAUGCAGUUCCACCACCCUGCCAAAAAUCUCAAAAGAGAAAUACCUGAGUGGAGCGUGAUGAUAGUUAAAAUCAACAUUGUAAAAAAUGAUUUCUUGUUUUAACUUAAAAAAAAAAGUUAGUACCCAGGCUGCCUUAAAAUUUUGAGCUCACUGAAAUUCAUAUAGGGGCGGCAUGGUGGUGUAGUGGUUAGCACUGUCGCCUCACAGCAAGGAGGUCCUGGGUUCGAGCCCAGUGGCCUGUGAGGGCCUUUCUGUGUGGAGUUUGCAUGUUCUCCCUGUGUCUGCGUGGGUUUCCUCCAGGUGCUCCGGUUUCCCCCAAAGA